CUCAACAGCUUUCUGCGUUCACCCCGAAAGGCCUCUCAACCUAUUAACCCGGCGAGAUCUGCAACUCUUCCCGGCGGUCGAGAAAAAAUGGUAGCGGCAAAGAAGACGAAGAAGUCCCAUGAAGGAAUCAACAGCAGAUUAGCUCUGGUCAUGAAGAGUGGAAAGUACACUCUCGGCUACAAAUCUGUUCUCAAAUCCCUUCGCAGCUCCAAAGGUAAGUUGAUUCUGAUCUCGAGCAACUGCCCUCCGUUGAGGAGAUCAGAGAUCGAGUACUACGCUAUGCUUGCUAAAGUCGGUGUUCAUCAUUACAAUGGCAACAAUGUCGAUUUGGGUACUGCUUGUGGAAAGUACUUCCGUGUCUCUUGCCUCAGCAUCGUUGAUCCUGGUGAUUCCGACAUCAUCAAGUCACUUCCUGGCGACCAGUGAUUUUUGGUUUUGUUCGGUUGUUACGGUCUUAGCCAUGUUUUGUUUGAUUUUAUGCAAUGUGUUCUUGGAAAAGACAGAAUGUGUUUGGUUUCUUUCUUAAACUCCUUAAUUACAGUUUCGUCUCUA